AUGAAGGCCAAGGCUUUGUCAGUGAAGGAGUGCACCUGGAUGUCAGAGGAGUGCCACCUAGUGGAUGAGCUCCAUGGAGACUUCCAGAGGGACAGUCUGUGUCUGCCCAACAUCUUCAGGUCCAAAAAAGUGAAGGCCUUCACACGGAUUCAGACCGGUCCCACCUACCAGGUUUACUACACAGCCAGAGAGCUGCUGCUGGAAGUGCUGGACAGAGGAGCCAUCCAGGAGCUGAUCAGGAGAACUGCUGGUGUGAAAGCAGGAGCUAAGCAUCAGAGCAGGGAGCAGAGCACAGAUCUCUCUGAGGAAGAGUAUGCUGAGGCGUUGACGUGGUUCUCUAUCGUUCUACAGAACGGUCUGUCUGUGGGAGAGAACCACAGCUUUGGCUCUGAGUUGACCCUAAAACUGGACAGAUGGCAGGGUGUCCUGAAGAGAAACAGCUUCCAGACCAGCAUCCUGUCUGUGACCAGGCUGCAGGAUGCAGAGAAGUUGGAGGCCAUCUCGGCUUUCUGUAGCCACUUGACCAGACGCUACCAGGCCUUAUACACACCUAGUCAGAACCUGUCUGUGAAGAAAUACUGUCUUUCCUACCAACAGGCCCCUUGCUCUCUCUAUCUUGCUGUCCUCUGUGACAUGAGCUCAGGCUUCAUUUGUAACAUGUACCUCUACUGUCCCGAGCAGCUCCUGAGGCGCAGUAGGAAGCCUGUAGUGGAGCAGGUAGUGGUCCACCUGCUGAGACCUUUCUGCAGCCACAGGCACCUGAUUCAGCUGGACAGCUCUGCUUGGAUGGAGGGAAAACUAACGGAUAUCUUCUGUAACUUAGGGGUCAAUAUACAAUUUGUUCCAUUUGCUAAAAGGACAAUCACAAAGUCAGCAUCUUCUUCAUCUCUACCGGUCAUGUCAAAGCACCAACGGACAUUUGAAGACUCAGUGUCCCAACUUGUAGCUCAUCUGCAGGGCUGGACUGGACCUGCUAUGUUCCUUCUAUCAGACCUGAAGGGAUCAGUAGUAGACGAGUUUCUUCCUGGCCUCUGGGUGACGCUACACAUCAUUUGCAUCAACACAUUUGUGCUGCACACUCUGCAGGGCUCAGGCAGACAGGUGCACCUGAAAGAGUUUACCAAAACUCUGGCCUCUCAGCUGGCUGUGGACAACAGCGUCACUGUGCCUGUUCUGCCCCGGCUAAACAGCAACUCAUACCAAGAGACGAGUAUAACACACCUGCCUAAGCAAAGCAGUGGUCCGCUGAUGGAAAACAAGAAACAGGGCUGCGAGAAACACCCUCCAGGCGUGUGUGGUUUGGACAACUCUGGAAACUCCUGCUACUUAAAUGCUGUGUUUCAGUGUCUGUGUUCAACUGUGCCCCUAGUGGAGCAUCUCCUCAAUCAGGACACUCACAAAGAGCUGGCAAGGUGUAAGUGCAGGGUGGCUGUGGUGUUUGUGCGGCUGCUGGAGGAGAUGUGGCUGGGAAAGAGCUCUAGCUGUGCGCCUGUGGAGGCCAGGUCUGUUCUGUGCUCCAUCCUCCCCCAGUUCAACAACCACUCCCAGCAGGACGCCCAAGAACUGCUGCUCUUCCUCCUCAACGCACUCCAUGAUGACCUUAAAAAGGUUAACCAGAUACGCUCCUCAAUACGACAGCCGAGACAAGACCAGAACAGAAACUGUGCCACGGCAGCUGCAGAGUCCACCAUCGUCUCAAAUCUGUUUGAGGGUCAGCUGAGUUACAUGACCCUCUGCAUGCACUGUGAUCACCAGGCACACAGCACACAGAGCUUCACUGUGCUGUCCUUACCAAUUCCUACAGACACCAUCAAGUGCUCCAUUCAGGACUGCCUGUCUCUGUUCUUUGAGCAGACUGUGCUGACUGGAGGAGAGCAGAUGCUGUGUUCAGUGUGUGAGCUGAGGAGAGAAACAGCGGUCCUUACUUGUUUGGACAAACCCCCUGAAAUCCUCAUGCUGCACCUGAAACGGUUUGGUUGUAAGGGGAAGAAUCAGGUGAAACUGAGGACAAACGUUGUAUUCUCAACGAAGCUUGAUCUCACCCCGUUUCUAUCCAGCUCAGCACAGAACUCCUCAUGUUCCUCAUACAGUCUGUAUGCGGUUGUGAACCACACAGGUCAUCUGAACAUGGGUCAUUACACAGCACUGUGCCGCAAUGCCCUGACCCGCACCUGGCACAGUUUUGACGACUCAGUGGUCAGAGAGAUACAGGACAGUGUUGUACAGUCUCCAAACGCCUACAUGCUGCUCUACAGCCGCAAGCCGCUCCACAAGCCAAAGAUCCAUGGACUCUGAUUUCUCCAGACCGGCUUUCUCUGCAUUUUCCCUGAAUGUGAAUCUGAUCCUCAAGGCAGCACCUGCAUCAGCUGCAACAAAUCUGGUGUUUGUUUUC